UACCUGCUCUCUCCCAUCUCAGGGUUCCUGCCUUUGCAAGUGCUCCUGGGAGGAGGGAAGAAACGACCACCACCCAGCCCCCUUGCUGCCUGAGGGCUUCAGGCUUGAUUGUGAGUCAUUGUGCAUCGUUUCGUCUCAUUGACAGACGGGACUGAGAGGGGGCUUCCAGCCCCCUCCCCUGGACCGGCAGGGGCUUUAUUCUAAGAGUCACUGGCGCUGCGCUUUUCCUUCCCGUUUGUAGGUGAAACCCCAGUGGCUUCAUUGGCUCCUUGAUUUAAACCACGCCCGGCUUUCUGCCGGCUUUGCUGCUGCUGGGCCAGGCGGCCCAGCCACAUCCCAACCCCGUCUGCCGGGAGCCCGGGCUGCUGCUGCUAUUGUGUGGAUGCCCCGCGUGUCCUCUCUUCUCUUCCAGAGAUGGCUAACAGGGGCCCGAGCUACGGCUUAAGCCGAGAGGUGCAGGAGAAGAUCGAGCAAAAGUACGACGCGGACCUGGAGAACAAGCUGGUGGACUGGGUCAUCCUGCAGUGCGCCGAGGACAUAGAGCACCCGCCCCCCGGCAGGGCCCACUUUCAGAAAUGGCUAAUGGACGGGACGGUCUUGUGCAAGCUGAUAAACAGCUUAUACCCGCCAGGACAAGAGCCCAUUCCCAAGAUCUCAGAGUCAAAGAUGGCUUUCAAACAGAUGGAGCAAAUCUCCCAGUUCCUAAAAGCUGCGGAGAUCUAUGGCGUCAGGACCACUGACAUUUUUCAGACCGUGGACCUUUGGGAAGGGAAGGACAUGGCGGCCGUGCAGAGAACUCUGAUGGCUCUAGGCAGCGUUGCAGUCACCAAGGAUGAUGGCUGCUACCGGGGAGAGCCAUCCUGGUUUCACAGGAAAGCCCAGCAGAAUCGGAGAGGAUUUUCAGAGGAGCAGCUUCGCCAGGGACAGAACGUAAUAGGCCUGCAGAUGGGCAGUAACAAGGGAGCCUCCCAGGCAGGCAUGACCGGAUAUGGAAUGCCCAGGCAAAUCAUAAAACUUAAGAAGGCAAGUACGCCCGGGGACCACCAACUCCUGUUACUCUUUCCUACCAGUAGAAACAAAAAAAAAAAAAAAAAGUGAUGCAUUUUGGGACUUCCCUGGUGGUGCAGUGGCUAAGAAUCCGCCUGCCAGUGCAGGGCACACGGCUUUGAGCCCUGGCUCCGGAAGAUCCCACGUGCCGCGGAGCAACUAAGCCCGUGCGCCGCAACUACUGACCCUGCACUCUAGAGCCCGCGAGCCACAACUACUGAAGCCCGCGCGCCUAGAGCCCGUGCUCCACAAGAGAAGCCACCGCAAAUGAGAAACCUGUGCACCGCAACGAAGAGUAGUCCCCGCUCGCUGCAACUAGGGAAAGCCCGCGCGCACCAAUGAAUACCCAACUCAGCCAAAAGUAAAUAAAAAUUUUUUUUAAAGUGAUGCAUUUAGUAAGAAAAGAAAUAAAGUCUUUCACUCAUAUAAUGAAUUGUUAAUUAACAAGAAAAAAUAAAAUAAAUGAAAAUAUAGAC